UAAAGUUCAUCAUUAAAAGAAGAUGAAUUGCCUUAGUAGUUGGAAACCAGGGGGUGCCAUGAUUGGUGUUAACUUUUGUUUGGCUGUUGUAAAUUUGCUUUUCAAGAUGGUUCUUAACAGAGGAAUGAACCAGUUGGUUUUGGCCACAUAUAGGCAAGCAAUCUCUGCAAUUUUCUUGGCCCCCAUUGCUUGUUGCAUGGAAAGGAGAAGCUACAAAAAGCUGUCAGCUUUCACAGUCUGUGCUCUAUUUUUCAGUGGACUCAUGGGGGGGACACUAACGCUAUAUCUCUUCCUAAUUGGGCUUAAUUAUACAUCAACUUCAUUUUCUUGUGCUUUCGUCAAUAUUGUGCCCAUAAACACAUUCUUGAUGACACUCCUAUUCAGGCAGGAGAGAAUAAACAUGAAGUGUAAGAGUGGGAAAGCUAAGAUGUUAGGCACACUAAUAUGUCUCAUUGGAACCAUAGUCUUAAUACUCUACAAAGGAAAGCCAUUGAUAAAUAAUAAUGCCUCAUCACAAGGAGUUGAAGCAAACCAUAACACAAAGAGUUGGGUUAUUGGUUCAUUAUUUCUCUUUGCAGGAAGCUUGGCUUGGUCUUCUUGGUUCUUGAUACAAGGUCGGGUCGGGUUGGAUUAUCCAUAUCAAUAUUCUAGUACAACUAUCAUGUCCUUUUUUGGUGCCAUUCAGUCAGCUGCCUUGUGCGUUAUCAUUGAUAAAAACCCUUCCAUUUGGAAAUUGAAAGGGAGUUUGGAAAUUGGGACUAUCAUAUACUCUGGAAUUGUGGGAUCUAGCAUAUGUUAUGCUGUGAUGUCUUGGUGUGUGAAGCAAAAGGGACCUGUUUUCACCUCAACAUUUGGUCCCUUCAUUCAGAUUUUUGCUACUGUGCUUGAUGUCUCUAUACUCCAUGAACAAAUUUACCUUGGAAGCAUUUUAGGAUCCAUUUUGGUAAUUGUUGGGCUAUAUGGUCUUCUUUGGGGUAAAAGCAAAGAAGCUGAAGUUUGCAAGACUGCACCAACACCAGACAAGGAUGCACAAAUUGUGUUACCUGUUACUAGGUAGUACUCCACCUCGUACCUAAGUGGCCACCAAAGGGAAGAAAUCAAGAAUAAUAUAAAUAAA